CCCUAGCGUGGUCUAGUAGCCAAAGGCUUCACGAGUUCCCUUUAAAACUCUCAUCUUCUGGCCUCUGGGUAUGGCCUAGCUUGUUACAUUCUCUCUUUCCAGUCCUUACUGCCAACGAGUAGAUUAUCUUCCACCAUGUUGCCCGCCCUCUUGCUUGCCGCCGCUCCUUUCCUGCUGAUAGCUCCGGCAUCAGCUGGGCCGAGAAUACUUGCCAGACAAGACCUCGAGCCAACCUGCGUAGAGAUCACUGAAACCAUAACGUUCACGACAGUCAUCUCUUGGCUGGAGGAAACCACCUCCUUGCCCGCAACAUCGUCGGCCGACCCGCCGACCAUUCUCACCGAGCACUACAGCCCAAUUGGAACAUCUUCGAGAACCGUGCCCACCGACACUAUACACAGCCACAGCCACACCAUACCCAGCGAGAUUUCAAGCUCCGAACCCACCCGGACCUCCCAGAGUCUCCUGCCAUCACCAAGCGGCAGCGGGACAGCUAACCAAGGUGGCUCGGGACGGUACACAAACGCACUCUACUUCACGAACUGGGGUAUCUAUGGCGCCGACUUCCAGCCCCAGCAACUUCCUGCGUCCGAGAUAACCCAUGUCCUCUUCUCGUUCGCCGAUAUCGCAGCAGAUGGCGAAGUGAAAUCGUCAGAUGAAUACGCAGACCUCCAAAAGCACUACCCGACAGAUUCUUGGAAUGACCAGGGCAACAAUGCAUACGGGUGUGUCAAGCAGCUGUACUUGCUCAAGAAGAAAAACCGCGGCAUGAAAGUGCUGCUCUCGAUCGGCGGGUGGACGUACUCGUCCAAGUUCGCUCCCAUCGCUGCGACCGAAGCCGGGCGCCAGAAGUUUGCUUCCUCGGCGGUCGCCCUGGUCAAAGACUGGGGUUUCGACGGCCUUGAUAUCGACUGGGAGUACCCGGCGAGCGCCGAGGAGGGCCGCAACUUUGUCCUGCUCCUCCAGGCGUGCCGUCAGGCCCUCGACAACUACGCCCAGCAGCAUGCCCCGGGCUACCACUUCCUCAUCACCAUCGCCACCUCGGCCGGUCCAACGCACUACAGGAACAUGGACUUCGCCGGCAUGGAGCCGCUCGUCGACAACUGGAACCUCAUGGCCUACGAUUACGCGGGCUCGUGGGACACAACAUCGGGCCACCAGGCCAACCUCUACGUGAACACUGGCGACCCGGCGAGCACAAAAUUCAGCACGGAGCAGGCGGUGGAGGACUACCUCGCAGCAGGGAUCCCCAGCCACAAGAUCUCCAUGGGCCUGCCGCUCUACGGGCGCUCCUUCGAGGACACGACGGGUCUCGGCCAGCCGUACAGCGGCAUCGGCUCUGGCUCGGUCGAGGCGGGCGUCUGGCUGUACAAGGACCUGCCGCGGCCCGGCGCCCGCGAGGCCUACGACGACGUCGCCAAGGCGAGCUACAGCUACGACACGAGCACCAAGGAGCUCAUCACCUACGACACCGUCUUCAGCGCCACCGCCAAGGCGCAGUACCUCGUCAGCAAGGGUCUCGGGGGCGCCGUCUUCUGGGAGGCGAGCGGCGACCGCACCGGCAGCGAAAGCCUCGUCGGAACCGUCGCGAAGCGCAUGGGUGAUCUCGAUAUGACCCCCAACCUGCUGUCGUACCCGGUUAGCAAGUAUGACAACAUCCGUGCGGGAAUGCCGGACUCUUGAGGGGGGGUUUUGUUGUCGUUUUCUCCUGCCUUUUUCGCUUCUGAUCUUCUCCUUUUCCCUUACCCCAUCUCCCUUCAAUUCUUGGAUCCUGGUCCGGGACUGUGUCCCUGGCCUUUUCUCUUUCUAGGCUGUGGCUGAGGUUUUGUGCGUAUGUAUGUAUAUGAUGGGGUGGCACGUUUGUCUCUGUCUGUGUCUGUCUUGUUUUCGGCUCCUGGUUCUUGACUCUCGGUUGUGCAUUUGGCAUGUCUGGCUUUGCAAUAUACCUCAGGUACAUACAUACAUAGAACGAUU